GAACGAGAUAUAGUAAGACAGAACAGUCAACUACCAAUUUUAAACUAUUUUAUUGCAAAAAAAAGAAUUAUUAAACAAGUAGAAAUAUAACCUUUAAUUAUUAGAUUUAAAUGGAUAUUACUACGUUAAAAAAAUAUAAUUAAUUAUGCGUGAAUUUUGUCAAAUAAAUAAGUAUCAGUAUAUGAAAAUGCGUGAAUUAUAAGACACUAUUGUGGGUGUCUGUUAGUUUUGUUUACAAAGUUUAAAGGUUUUAAUUAAAUAUGGUGCAUAAGUUACAAACAGAAGAAGCCAAGGUUAUUGCGGUGAGCAGAUUCAGAUCAACAGCGGCACAGGUGAUAGCAUGUAUGUCACCGAACCUAUUACUACUCGAUUUGGGUAUGGCUAUUAGUUUCACUACGAUAGCAUUACCCAACUUGCUCAACGCGAAAGAUGGACUAUCACUAAAUGAUGAGCAGGCAUCCUGGUUUGGUGGUAUACCAUAUUUGACACAACCGCUCGGAGCUCUAAUAUCAGGUCCACUAGUCGAUUACUUUGGAAGGAAAAAAGCCAACUUUCUAGCAAAUUUCCCACAUUUGAUUGCCUGGAUUCUCAUGUACUACUCAUGGAAUUUACCCUCGUUAUUCAUAGCAAAUGCACUAUUAGGAGUCGGCAGUGGAGUUAUGGAAGCGCCUAUAAAUUCUUAUGUGGGAGAAGUGACUGAGCCUUCAAUUCGCGGCGCUCUGUGCACAUUUACUCAGAUGUUCACGUCGGUGGGCACUUUAUGCAUGUAUUUCUUGGGUAAAGUCGUCACAUGGAGGCAAGCAGCUGUCAUUGCCAUUGCUCCGCCCGUAGCAUCAAUGUUACUUAUACUCCUAGUCCCAGAAUCUCCAACUUGGCUACUGUACCGAGGGCGACAGAAACAAGCCCUCAAAUCUUUGUGCAACCUACGAGGGUGGACCACAACGGAGAAUGUGAGAGAUGAAUUUGACAAACUAGUUGAUUAUACAAAGGAAUUAGAAAAAUGUGCUAUAUGCGUCAAGGUUGACCCAAAUAAUGUUAACUGUAAUCACCAUAAGAUGAACUGGAUCAGAAGGACUAUUGACAGGUUCAGAUAUGUCAUGAUGAGUAAGGAAACUGUUAGACCAUUGACUCUUGUCAUACUAUACUUCGCAUUUCAUAUAAUGAGUGGGUACAUCCCAAUUCGACCCAACAUGGUAAAUGUUUGCGGAGCCUUCGGUAUGCCUGAUGAUGGAAAGGACAUAACUUUAAUGGUUGGAAUAAUCACAUUCGUCACAGGCGUUCUUGUUAUUGGCAUUAUCAAAAUGUUUGGGAAACGCAAGCUCGCUGUGACGGCUAUGCUGGGUAUUGCAAUAUCUAGUACAGCUCUCAGUGUCUAUGCCAAGAACAAUCUGGAUAAAUCUGUAUUCUCUUACGACACAAAUACAUUUCCUACAGAGAAGAAUUAUGUACCACAGAUGUUAUUUUACUCAUUAACUACGUUUACUGGAUUUGCUAUUCCGUGGGUGUUGCUUGGUGAAGUCUUUCCCUUCAGAAGUCGUGCGUCUGCGCAAGGCUUAGCUGCUGCUGCGAAUUACAUCAUCAACUUCAUAGGAGCCAAGACUUUCAUUAAUCUGGAGACCAGUGUACACUUAUGGGGAGCGUUUGCAGUAUAUGCCGGUAUAGCUUACCUUGGAGUCAUAUAUUUAUAUUUCUUUCUACCAGAAACAGAAGGAAAAAGUUUACAAGAAAUUGAAUCUUACUAUAGCGGAAAAUUGAGAAUCUUCGCCGACGAUCCAUUUAUAAAUAUUUUUAAAAAGUUAAAAAGAUAGAUCAGUUUUAUUUGUGUUUUAUAAAUCGGUAUUAUUUAUUAGUUAAUUUUAUUCGUACAAGACUUAAGUAGUUAAGUAAUAUUUGUUUCUAUGUUACUAUUGAGAUAAGUAUUUAUCCAUUAAAUAUUAUAUUUAUAGUACAAAA